GGAUCUCGCGUUAUAUAAGAGUGAUUUUAAUUAAUAGACCCGCGUUAACAAUAAUGGAUGUUUGUAUACAGGUCGGCGUUUCCGUGGUUUCGACUCGGCGCGCCUCGAAGCCGCGUCUGCGUUACCGGCGCCCUGGGCAGAUCAAUAAAGUCGAAGCUGGUCGCACGAUAAAGGCACCAAACUGUCGAGGUAGUAGGUUAGGGGCUUGCCACCGACACGAGUAGUCCAAUGUGAACGGAAACCUGCUCCGACUGAUGGCGAGUGUCAGGACAAGCGAUCGUCGCUUUGCUACUUUUCCGCCCGAGCGCAGCAAGGACUCUCACUUCCAUUGAAAAUGGACGUACUCUCCGAGAGCUGGAAAGAAGCGACCGAGGGCUUCGAUGCCGAGGCUUGUGAGAAGUGGUUCGUCAGGCUGCAAGAAGCGUACACCGACGAGAAGCGCACUUAUCACAACCUGGAUUUACUGCACAAGAAGCUGGAGUACUACCGGGAGAUAAAGAGCAACCUGAAGAACCCCGGAGCUUUCCUCCUCGCCCUCUUCUUCCAGAACUUUGACUACAAUCCCAGGGCUUUAGACGGAGAAAACAAAAACGUCGAGCGAUUCGAGGCCUUCGCCGACGAGGCUGGCGUUCCUGCGGAUAAUGAAACGCGAACGGACACUUGCGCCCUUCUGGGAGCAGCUGCAACGCACAGCACGGACGCACACAAAGUCGGAGGCGCCUUCGGGGAAGAAGACGCUCACUACCUCCUGGAUUUAGACAUGGCGGUACUUGGGGCUGCUCCGGACACCUACGAUGAGUACAGAGAACGGAUACGCAGGGAAUAUUCCUUCCUCAGCGAGCCCAUGUACACUGCACUACGCCUGAAA